AUGUCAGACAGGUACAGUUUGUUUGUGUCUACCUUCAACUGUGGAAAGGUACUACCAGUUAAUGAUUCAAUAGCGUUGAAAGCAGUUAUUUCAACGCUUCUUCCAGCUGAAAAAUCGCAUGAUAUCUACGUUUUAGGGUUCCAGGAACUUACGCCCAUCUGGCAUGGCUCGUUUGUUGAAAUUGUGGAGAAAACGCUACAAAAAGUGGGGAAACAAGCUGUGGAACUUCUAAAUGCACAGAACGGAGGUCGCCGGUUUAAAUUGGCGGCCCUUCAUAGCACUGGGGCAAUUGGCCUUGUAGUUAUACUCGCUACCAAUGUCUCUGUUUUGAGCGUUUUGAAGGCGUCUGUUAAGUGUGGGGUGCUCUACUCGAGUCUCAAAGGUGCUGCAGCGGUACAAGUAACAUUGCAACUCAAUGAUUGUGGCAUAAGUGACUCGUUCGUGUUCAUGACUGCACAUCUCGCUGCAAACGAGGGCAAAAACGAGCUUCUUAAGCGGGAGCAAGACUACCACACUGUGGUAGAUGCUUUGCAGCGUGAACUGGGUUCCUUUGCUAAUCAUCACGUCUUUCUUUGUGGUGACUUCAAUUUUCGAUCCCGCAAAUGGACGGAUAACGCAGAAGAUUUCCGAAACUUGGCUUUAGUGCAACAAGCCGUGGCUGAACACGACGAACUGAGUCUGGGCCGUAAAGCAGGUCGUGUUUUUGCGAAUUUCACGGAAGCUCCCAUUACUUUUGGCCCAACUUACAAGUUCUCUUUGACGUCCCCUGACGAGCAUUACAAUUUAACCCGCACACCUUCCUGGUGUGAUCGAGUACUUUUCCAAUCCCACCAACAAACUCCCAAGAUUCUGAGCUACACCUCUCGCAAGCGCAACGCUUCAUUGCAGUUUACGGAUCAUCUACCCGUGGCCUUGGAACUUGUAGCGCCACAUAUCGAAUUCGAACCUGUCGUUUUUCCAACCCAAAACGCACCGCAGGCGCAGCAGUGGACCGCCAAACUCGUUGGAUCAGCAACUGACACUAUAGUGGGCUAUUCGGGCCUCGUGAACGAACUAUAUGGACGCCAAAUCAAAGCUGUAGCACUGAUGUUGGCUAUCUGGCUAGUAUGGAAGACGAUCACGUGA